AUGUCACCAAAGAAAAAUAUAAGCAGAGAGAGCAUAAAUGAAAUAAAGAAGUUUAAGAGAGAAGAAAGCAGCAAAAUUGAUGAUGAAGAGAGCACUGAGAGGGAGAAUGAACCAGAAACGUAUUCAACUACACAAAAUGAUUCGAAUGAAAAGGCACAUUUUAAGGAAGUCCUUAAGGGUGAAAAAGAUGAAGAAUUGGUAAAUUCGUUAGAGAGACCCAAAAGACGCAAAUCAGAAACAAAGGAAGAAGAAUCAACAAACUACAGCGAAUUUGUUAAUGAAGAUUCAGCAGCAUUGGCAUCUUUAGGUGAGAAAGCAUUCAGUGGAACAUUCAAAAUAGCCAAUGCACCUGAACAUAGCAAGAACAUCUUUGCAGUUGAGCCAGAUCAGGAAUCAAAGAAGGAGAAAAAUGAAUCACAGUUUCUAAAGAAGAAUUUAGUAGAAGACAGUGAGAUUAAAAUCAGUACCAGUCGACCUAAAAAUGGACUUGAAAAUGCAAACUGCUUCAAUAACAUAAAAAUAUGCUACUACGACGAACUAGAGAUGCACGUUCUAGCAGUUGGAAUUGCAAUAGUCAAAAACGGAACAUUUGCAUUUCUGAGACCUGGAUUAGUUAGACCACUGAUCUGCUUCAAAAUCAAAAAUAAGAAGAUCGAGAUGAAUGAGGAGACUGGCUGCAUUGAGUUCAUGAAUGCAGGACGUAAGUUUAUCAUUGAAAAGAACAAGGAGACUGACCAAUUAUAUGAGGUAUUCAAGAAGGAGCCAAUGAAUGAAUCCAAUAUGUCAUAA